AUGGAUCUGCUUCCUAGAGCCCCAACAAAGAUGACAGUGCAAGAUGUUCCUCGUGCCUUUCCCACAGUGGAUGUCCCAGAUCAUGCCCAUUAUACAAUUGGAGUUGUCAUCCUUAUAGUGGGGAUUACAGGAACUCUGGGUAAUUUCCUGGUCUUCUAUGCUUUCUGCAGGAGUAGGAGCCUUCAGACUCCAGCCAACAUACUCAUCAUCAAUCUAGCUAUUAGUGACUUCCUGAUGUCCAUUACACAGUCUCCAGUUUUUUUCACCAGCAGCCUCUACAAACACUGGAUUUUUGGUGAGAAAGGCUGUGAGCUGUAUGCCUUCUGCGGAGCUCUUUUUGGCAUUACAUCUAUGAUCACUUUGAUGGUGAUUGCCUUGGACAGAUAUUUUGUCAUCACUAAACCUCUGGCUUCUGUUGGAGUGACGUCAAAGAAGAAGGCCCUAAUAGUCCUGGUAGGAGUCUGGCUGUACUCUUUGGCUUGGAGUCUCCCACCCUUCUUUGGAUGGAGUGCUUAUGUUCCUGAGGGUUUGCUGACUUCCUGUUCCUGGGACUACAUGACUUUCACACCAUCAGUCCGUGCCUACACGAUGCUGCUUUUCUGUUUUGUCUUUUUCAUUCCUUUGAUUGCUAUCAUAUACAGCUAUGUCUCUAUCUUUGAGGCUAUCAAGAAGGCCAACAAAUCUAUUCAGACAUUUGGAUGCAAACGUGGAAAUAGAGAGUUCCAGAAACAGUAUCAGAGGAUGAAAAAUGAGUGGAAGAUGGCCAAAAUUGCACUGAUCGUCAUCUUGUUUUUUGUCAUUUCCUGGUCACCAUACUCUGUUGUUGCUCUGGUAGCUUUUGCUGGGUAUUCCCAUGUCCUAACACCUUUCAUGAACUCCAUACCAGCUGUGAUUGCCAAAGCUUCUGUCAUCCAUAACCCCAUCAUUUAUGCCAUCACUCACCCCAAAUACAGAAGAGCCAUUGCAACAUAUGUUCCUUGCCUUGGACCCCUACUGAGAGUUUCUCCUAAAGACUCACGGUCCUCCAGCAGUUACCACUCCUCCAGACGAGCGACCGUAACCAGCCAGUCUUCUGAGAUAAGUGGGCUGCAGAAAGGAAAAAGGAGACUGUCUUCUCUCUCUGACAGUGAAUCAGGCUGUACUGAAACAGAAACUGAUACUCCCAGUAUGUUCUCCAGACUUGCCAGAAGACAAAUUUCCUACAAAACAGAUAAAGACACAACUCAGACUAGUGACAUAAGAGCCAAACUGACAAGCCAGGAUUCUGGGAAUUGUGGGAAGACAGCUGUAGAUGCUGAUGACAUAUUGAUGGUGGAAUUGAAUGCCACAGAGUACAUGGCUACACCUACUCAAACAUCUAAAACAUGCAGCUUGGAGGAAAUCAAGAAAAGUGAGAGCCUGAACAGUAUUGGAAAAAGAAAAGGAGAGUCGCACCAGGGACCAUCUUCAGCCAAGAUACCCAGUAUUACAAUAACAUGCAGCAGUGUCCAAGGAGUAGAGCUGCCUUCUAGAUACAACUCUGGUUUCCUGUACCCUAAAUCCAGCAGUCACAAGCAGAACAAGAAGUCCAGCAGUUGA